GAAGCUAGCUAUGCCGUACAUUACUUUGGCUGAAGGUCAUUACAAGGCGACGGACAAGUACACACUCGAGUUUCAUGAGUAACUGCAGUUUAUUUGAUUGCGUCAAGUCCAGGAUAAGAAAAGCCGCUGUGGGAGAGACAACUUUCAUCCAGAAAUAGGAGAACUCUGGGCCAUGCUCACCGAACUUAUACCCAGAACCUGUCCACAUACGUCAGAGUCAACAUACGUACCAAAACACCUCAAAUUCAAACCUCAAUUAUCCCUCAUAUCCUCACCUCCUGCUAUCCACUGGCAUACUCUGGACAACUCUGACCGUGAUUCAGUUAUCUGAUUCAGUCGGGCUGCACCCUAUUAUGCCUGCCACAAGCUGCAAUGGAAUUCUUUCGCCACAAAGCUGGAUGUUUUCAGCUUUUAUCAAGGUGACAGAGCCCGGAUCACCGAAACUCAAGUCUAAGCUCUAGCACUCACUCAUCUGGCAAAACCUCCUCGUUUUGAUAGGUGGGACAAGGAAGUUUGCUGCCGCGUGGAAAAUUACCAGGACAAUGGACGCCCAGAGUUCUUGGGGGCGGAAAGCAUACCAGAAACUGUGGAGAGCCUGAAGGAUGUAAACAAGGGUCGUAUUGGGAUUCAGGACUUGGGGAUGUUCGCGUAAACAUGAACGUUUGUUUUGAGGUGGAAAGGGAUAGAAGAUAUGGUCAGCGUGAGCUUCCAGGAGUGUCUAGCCGGGUCCUACGGUCUGUUCCGGGAGGAAUGGAAAGAGGUCUCCAGAGCCCGAGACUGUGAGUGGAUUAAAAGAAGCCCUGUGGCGUGCAUGGCUUCCAAAAGCCCGCUCCACUCAGAUGAACCACCACUUGUGAGCUUUAAUUUCUUUGUAUCUGCGUAUUUCACUUCUAGCAAGGCUGCCUUAAGAACGUAGCUCGACUGUGAAGACUGGCUUCAGGCGGCUCUCGAGUUCCUAUUGGCUUUCGAAGCGAACAGCUUUGUUUUCCUCCAAACCAAAUUUCCUAAGCUUCCUUUCCCUCAUAACCUGCGCACCUGUUCAAUCUUGAUCAGUUCCUGUUUGCAACAACGACGUUGAAGUUGACAAGCCGACAACUCGUCUGGUGUACAAUCAAUUCGAGGGUUCAUUGCUUAACUAAGCAUGGCCCGCAAAGAAGAUGGCCCGGCUGCGUCGAGGCCAGGCCACUACACAUUCGCUCAACUCUCCAGCCGCGAUCCACCAGCUCCACUGCACUGUGCACCUCGCUCACUCUCGCUCUCCUUUGAGCUCGAUGUUAUAGCUCGAGGUCGAGGAUCGAGAAGUAGCUUUCAGGCGUUUGCUUUGCCUGAUUCUCCUACUCCUCGUUCGCGUCUCGCUUCAGCUACAUCUCCAUCGCUCGUUACUGAACUCGCAGUUGAAGAUCGAGCUUCAAGAUUGCCAUUGCCAAUUUACAGUCAAAACCUCGCAGAUCGACGCGCAAGCAUGCCUGUCGCCGGCAGCGACGAGCCAUGGGUCGACCAGCUGCGCAAUCAAUCGAGUCAUAGACACUCCUUCAUUCCUCCUGUACCUCCAAUUCCAUCUAUGUACAGUAGCCAGAACUUGGCGCGUCCACCUCCUGUCGGACGUCCUCCAGGAGCGGCCGUACCUCGACCAGACUACCGACGUCCCCAUACUCCCGUCCAUAGAGAGAACCCCCAUAUCCCCGACUUUGACGGCUAUUAUGCACAAGCAGUCACUGACAUCAAUCGACGAGCCGUCAACAUUGACGAAGAAGACGAUCUUUGUGGCGCUUCUCCACCAAGAGCCCGAUGCGUUGCCUCGUCUCCUGAUGGAUUCAGCAAUACCAGAGAUGGGCCUACCCUUCCAACACGAGUCCCAACUCCCCCAUAUGAUCCGACAAGAAGUCCUCGCAUGUACAGUCCUACUCCUCUGGCCCGAUCUAGCACUGUGCCUAGCAUUCUCGGGUCCUUCUCUGCUACUUUCGAUGAGUCGGAGGCUACAGCUCCUUCGAGCUUGGACAGAUCUUUUGCGAGUGUUGACAAGUCUGAGCAGGAUCCCACUAGCUUCAUCGACACCAUGGUUGAGGACGAUGAGUCUGAAAAGAUUGACUUCAACAGCCUCGAGAGACCUAAAGAUCCGGUUGGUAGAUCGAGAUAUGUCAAAGACAGCGAGAAGAAGCCUCUAAAGAAGCAGUUGUUCUUCGGAAAAGCUGCGACUUCAUCUUCAUCCGCCAUCACACCCAAGGAGACCGUCAGGAAACCACUUCGCCAUCAGAACUCGUUCUUCAAUUUGAAAAAGUCGACAAUCAAGAAUCUCUCUGUCGAGACCUUUGAUGAUGGUUCCGAUACCUCUGUAUCGCCAGUUAAGUUAGAACACAAGGUUGGGGUCGAAAAGGUCGCUCCUGCCAUUGGAGAUAUCAGCGAUGUUAUCGGAAGUCGCUGUCAACUACCCACACGCCCAAGCGGUCCCAGACCUUCCAAAUCCAUGUUUAAUCUUCGACAAAAUGCUCAGUCACCCACUCAGCGACCUUUCGUAAUCUCGGGACCUAUGGACGUGAAGCAUGUAUCUGGAUCGGGUACUGCUCUCGAAGAGGUGAUGAGUCGACAAGUCCCUAUCAAUGAGCAAGCUGCAGUAUCUAAAUUGAAUAAAUCUGUCACUUCUGCUCAUAUCAACGAGAGGGCAUCGCCACCAAUGGCCAAGUCAAAGACUACGGUUCGCUUCACCGAACAGAUGCCACCACGACCUCCAAGGGUAGCUCAAGCCAUUUCCGCUCAGAACAGAGGUCAAUGCACCAUCUCAAAUACAGAAAAAUCAUCACCGACUAUUGUCGAGGUUGAAGGUCCAGCUAGGGGCAUGAAGAAGUCGCUCACGUCUUCCAAGAUCGGCGGUCGAGCUGUGACACCAAACCUGACCAAGUCCUCUACCUCAGCUCAGAUCAGUGGACGAGGUCCAACCCCAAAAUUGACCAAAUCAUCGACUUCUGCUCAAAUCAACGGCAGACUAUCUGCUUUGGGACGAUGGGCUCAGCGUGCGGCUCCUACUACAGCCUCUAGACCUUCGAGUAAGCUCACAGGCGACAAAUUUAGAGGUAUUAUCGGCCAUCCCUACAAUCCGAUUCACGUCUCGGGAGAAGGCACCGCUUUCCAUAGUAUCAAGAACAAGAUCCCAGCACAUUCCCAACCACCUUUUCCAGUGCAGCCACCACAACCAGUUGUUACUCAGGAUUCUGUAAUAUCAGCACCCUUCAACGUUGUCCAUGUCUCUGGCGAGGCUGCUUUGCGUCAGUUGCUAGAUGGCGGUCGACCUGCUGCUCCAGCUCCGUUCGCACAACCAACCAGAUCGGCUACUCCAGCUUUCGAUGCUCGAAUGCCACGUCCAAGUUCCAAAGUAACAAACCACUUCAAGAGACCUGGACCCAGUGCCGUUGCAAUCUCCUCCCCUCUGAACCCUGUUCAUGUCUCCGGCGAUGGCACUGCUUUCGUGGAGGUCAUAGGUACAUCAAUUGCGAGAAAUAAUAACCUGAAAGAUGUUACGAACAAGAUCUCCCCACGACGCUAUCAGUCAAUGCAAGAUAUCAGAGUUCGUGAUGCUGCUAGUCCGACUCGUAUCCCAUCGCCGAUCUCCGAGGACAAGCAGGGCCGUAACUUCACCGCUCCUGCAUUGUCAACCAUGAAGAAAGAGAAUCUUCACCCGGCUAAAGCUCAUCGUCUACUCGGUACAAUCUCCCCCGCUCGUGUUCAAUCAAAGCCUAGCAAUCUUCCACUUCCCAAGUCAAAGACCUUCGGAAAGCUCUCUUCGCUGUCAUCCUCGUUUAGUAGAUCUGUCGUCAACCUAGCUGCUCGUAAUCAAUCAACAUAUUCACUCAACGCCGGUUCAGUGACCUCCCUUCAUGCCGAGCCCACGACAUCAGUCUCGAACGCUACAGCAACAGCUGAACCCAUCGCCGGCCCUGCUCGCCCUGCAACACCUCUCAUAUUCACUCCCGGCAGCAACGUGACCAUGGUCUAUACUCCACCCGCAGGCGACAAUUGGGCCGGAAUGUUUUCAACAUUGACAGAUAGAUUCAUGCAGGAGAUGGCACAAACCAUAUUGCGUGACCCCGAGGCAAUGCGGCGCUUCCAGAGCCGUGAAGAAAGCAACAGAAAGAAAAAGACGAAGAGCAAAAAUCCCUCUCGAGACGACGAGGAUAGUGGCGAAGUCGGUAUUGAUAAUAUGCUGACUGAGGAGGAAUUACGCUGGAAGAGAAUAUUCAUGACGCUCGAGAGUCGCGCUAUGGGCGAUGAAGUCAAGGAGAGUCUAUGGAAAUACCAGGAGGCCUGGGCUAGAGCUAACAAUGCUUUGUGGCUCCUGCCUGCCUGCUGUAAGGAGAGCUCUGGUGGUUUCAUGUCUCGGGUCAACCGAGCCAUUGGACGAAAAGAGUGAAGAAAAAGAAGAAGAAGAAGAAGAAGAAGAAGGAGAGGACGACGUAUGAUUGAUUGUGGUGUACGAAUAUUUCCUUUUCUCCGUUCUGAUUACGACGACAACGAUACAUGACGAUUGAUACGCCAUGAUGAUACGAUACCACAACGACGAAGAGAUGGAAAUCACGAACCCGAUCUUCCUAACAAGAGGAUGAUGAUUGUGAGGUUGAUUGAUACUAGCGAAGUCGGAACGGUUAUUGCUGACGGCACUCAUGAUGACAUUGGGAUGAUGGGAAUGAACGAAUUCAUGAUACCAUAACGACAUAUUUUCCUUUUCGCAGAGUAGAUACCCAAACCAGUCUAAAGGACAGCAUAAAGACAUGUAGGAAUAGAGAAAUGAAAUGAAAUGAAAAGCAUUGAAAUGAAUGGAUGCUUGGCUGGGUGCUGCUGUGACCAUGUGAAGCUAGAAUAUCUUGAGGCAAGAAGGAAUCUACCCACGUUAGGAGAAUACUCCUCGGAAACGUGAAAGGAUUUGAAAUAAAUAGAGAGGAUAGAGAGGACCGGAGAUGACAUAUUUUGCAGGUCUAGACCAGUAUUACAACACGGUACCUAGGUACGGUGUGCUGUAUGAAACAGUGAUGCCACUUAAAGUUCCAAAGACUUCCAAAUAUUAAGCGAAAACAACAAAGGAACGUGCAUAUGCCAGGCUACUUAUGCAACACCACGCGAUUAAAAACGAAAACUUGAAAUUCGAGCCGGUAAGGACAUCUAAGAGUAAGAGAAGAUUCGAACACGCUAAUCAGAACAUAUAAUCCUUCCAAGACGACCGAAUUCUCAGAACACAAAACGAUAAUAAAUACCAAGCACCUCUACCCCACCCACCAAACAACCCCCC